ACGAUAAGAUAAAUAGAAGAUAGAAGAACAAAAUAGUGACUUUAUGUGGAUCGACAAGAAUAAUGUUUUUACGUGUAAUAAGAAGACUGUUAUUAAAGAAAAACAAAUGCGAGAAUGGUCAGAAGCACGAAGCAAGGUACGGAAACACUCGAAGUUGCGGCUCGAACUAACCGCGAAGAGGGAUACAUCUACGGCGAUCAGCUGAUCGACAACUCGAAUUCUCAAGAGGAGACAACAGAGCGUGAUCGGGUAGCCUGAGCAAAAACUCGCGCGUGUCUCUAUCUCACCUAACGUAUAACUGCGUGCGCGUUGGCAUUGGAUGCGUGACUGUUAGGACUUCUAGACGUUUUAUACUUUCCUACGCAAGAAGGGAGGGGUAAAGGAGAUAAGGAAGGAAAGAAAGUUGAAGCAAGGGUGAUAUUUUGGUAAGAAGGAUAACGAAGACACAUUGUCGCUAUAUAGAUGGAAGAAAGAGAAGAAAGGUGAAGAAGGACGGUGGUGUUAUCCCUUUUGGUGUACGUGUCGUCGUGCCGAUAACCACAGAGAAGAAAUGGCUCGUCCUUCCAAUUCUAGUCCUCUUUCCUACGUUUUCGCACGACAGAUCGAUGACAAAAUCGACCACUGUAAAAGACUCGUUAAUUCGAGAUUUGUUGAAUCCGAAAACUUAUUUAGAAAAGAUCUCCUAUCUCAUUACGGUUGUGUCAACGCCAUCGAAUUUUCACGUCAGGGUGAUCUUCUGGUAUCUGGCGGAGAUGACAGAAGAGUUUUAUUAUGGAAAGUAGAACAAGCGAUACAAGGUAUUGGAAAACCUACUGUUAUGAAAGCUCAACACGUUAGUAAUAUAUUUUGUCUCGGAUAUGACAACAGCAAAACUAAGAUAUUUUCUGCGGGAAACGAUGAUCAAGUUAUAGUUCAUGAUUUGCAAACUUGCGACGUCCUCAAUUUCUUCCUACACGAAAAGCCUGUAUACGGUUUAUCCAUUCAUCCUCAUAACGAUAAUGUUUUUGCAAGUGCUUGCGAUGACGGAAGAAUUUUAAUUUACGAUAUUCGAGUAUCAGGUGCCAUGGAAACUUUUUGUCUAGCACAAUAUAAGACACCCUUUCAUUCUGUUAUGUUCAAUCCAGUCGAACCCAGAAUGAUAGCCACUGCCAAUGCUAAAGAAGGAGUUAGUAUGUGGGAUAUAAGAAGACCGCUGAGGCCCAUGUUGCGUUAUGGAAAUGAAAGUCCAGCUCAAAGUUGCAUGAAUGCAAGAUUUAAUUUAGCUGGGAAUAGGUUGUUAGCAUUGAGGAGAAGGCUACCACCAGUCUUAUAUGCUGUCGACUCUUCUUCCUACCUAUGUCAAUUUGAUCAUCCAGGGUAUUACAAUAGUUGUACGAUGAAAACUUGUUGCUUUGCUGGUGAUAAUGAAGAAUAUGUACUCUCGGGUUCAGACGACUUCAAUCUUUAUAUGUGGAAGAUUCCAUCCGAAGGUGUAAAGUGGGUAGAUUCCGCUCAUAUGGUUUUACGUGGUCACAGAUCGAUUGUUAAUCAAGUUCGCUAUAAUCAAUCGAGUUGCGUACUCGCAUCAUCUGGAGUUGAGAAAAUUAUCAAGAUCUGGAGUCCAUUUUCUUUGGGCGGCGGAUGUUUAGGUGGCCUAAAGCGUGAUGCUGGAAAACAAGAAAGGCAACGUCGAGUAUUUACGCACGACGAAUACAUUGGUUUAGUAUUACGUAGCGGCCAAUUUAUGACCCAUGAUUAUAGUCAUCAAUCAACUAGGGAAGAUCCAAGAAUGAUGGCAUUUUUUGAUUCCUUAAUACAACGUGAAAUUGAAGGAUGGAGUUCAGAAGACAUGCCAACUGCAUCGCAAACUCCUAGCGAUUCGGAAAAUAAUCCUACGACUGGACGUACCUAUAGUGCAACAGAUUCAGAUGAUUCUAUCGCGUCAGACCGUCACAUAAUGUUAAGUGUUCUAGGAUCGGCAGUAAGUUCUCGUAGUUCGUACGGGGGUGGUGUUGCCCCUGAACGGCCGCUAGAAUCACCUAAUAGAAUUACGCAACUCAUAGCAAAUCGUAGAGAAAAGCUUAUGAGACUCGCCGGGCUGGAAUGUGCUACGGCAUUAAAUAAUUCAUCUAAUACAGUUCCUGAACCUUCUGCUUCAGGCUAUGUUAGUGAAGGGGACAAUUCGCAAAUAAAGUGUAGAUAUAAGCCAAAAUCAAAAUUAAAAGGUGUGAAAAGAAAACACGGUAGGAUAUCUGGUAGGAGGAGCAGAGUUAGAAGAAAGUGUACUGUGUUAAAAAUUCAUAGUGACUCUGAUAGUGAUGAGCAACCUGUUGAUGCGACCCAACCGAGUACCAGUUCAGGAGUCAUUUCUAGGAGAUCACGAUAUACUACCAAUGCAUUAGAAAAUGAUUCUAAGCUUCUUUCAAGUUACAGCAGCAGUAGUUCAGAGGAUAAUGAUCAUUCUGGAAAACAGAAACAUUUGAAAACCGAUUCAGAUUCUUCCAUAAAAACUCGCAGAAAGAAACAUAGAAAAUGUAAAAAUAACAUUAAACGUGAUUCUAGUAAAAGUAAAAGCAAGCAAUUACAACUCGAUAACGAUGGCGGAGGGGAAAGUAUUAAAAAAGAGUAUGUAAAUGGUACUAGUACAACAAAAAAUCAAGAGGACGAAAUCUCCACACCAGUUAAGAAAUUGUGUAAAGUUCCUUCGACUCCCGAUAGUGGUAUUACAUCUGGAGUAUCUACUAUCGAAAAAAAUAGUAAUGAAAUACAAAAAGGGCAUAAUGGUGCUGAGAGCUCUGAUCACGAACAGAACUUGAAAAGUUUGGAGUGUUUCAGAAAAAAAGUAGACGUAGCAAAAAGAAGCUACCGCAAUCGAUCUACGCCUUUAUCCCAAACGAUUUCUACUACAACAGAUUCUUCCGAUUAAUGUCCUCUUACCUCUAAGCUAUUAAUCCCUUUCCCUUUGUACAUAAUAAAUCUGUGAUUCCUUGAAGUAUAUUUUUAUAAUACUAAGUUUGAUCAUACGUAAGAACUGUCGGUUUUUCUAUUGUGUCUUUUUAGGUUUUAUCAAUAUUAUACUAGUUCUUGCGAAUCUCCUGCAUUUUAUCAUACUUUCUUGAUGCAACAAAAGACUGUUAUGAUUAAACUAAAA